AUGCCUCUGGAGGUGGUGGUGGAGCUGCAGGUCCGGGCGAUUUCUUGCCCAGGGGUGUUCCUUCCUGGCAAGCAAGAUGUGUACCUUGGGAUCUACUUUCUGAAUCAGUACCUGGAGACAGAGUGCUUCCCCCCUGUAUUCCCUCUUAUGAUUCAGCAAAACAUGAAAUUUGAAAAGGGUAUUGCUCCCAAAUUAGAGUUUUAUACAAGGACAGCCAUUAGAGAAUGUGCAUUUUUGCAUGAAGACAGAUUUAUUGAAGAAAGAUAUAAGUCACAAAAACCUGUUUAUAUGUCCUAUGGAUCAAAGUUCCACAUAAAAAAUUUAAAGAUGAAGCCAAAGGAGAGUUAUCUGGACAGACUGCCCCAAGGCAUGCAGUCUGGGGCACCCUCCCUUCAUUCCACCAGUCGUUUUCUGCAGGACCAGCCAGCUCAGUUGAACCUUAGAAAUAAUUUCAAAAGCAAACCUCCAUUUGUAGUUAGACAUGUGGACAGUGCAAACCCCUUUGGUGAGAAUAUUUCAGACUAUCAUUCCCGGAAGUCUAGAAGAAAAUCUAAUUUUUCAGACUUUCCAUAUCUGAUGAAAAGAGCUUCUUCUCUUGACAGCCUUGCAGCUAACGUAAAGGUUAUCAAAGAGCCAGAUGAACGGAUUAUUUUAAAGAGUGAAUCACCAUCAACUUUAGAUUCAAGUAAGUCUGGAAAACCUUCGCCCAGUUACAGUAACCAAGGGAAAGCCGAUUUCCAUCAGGAAGCUUCAUUUGCCAACUCCCAACACUCCAGGUCUCCCAGCCCUCUUCUGGAUCAGCCCCUUCUCCGAGAAAGGUUCCACCCCAGUUCUCAUUCUACAUGGAAGAAGAUCCAUGAAAGGGUAUGCAGUCUUCUAACAUCCCACAGAGCUCAGAAAUACCUAAACAAGGAAGAUUCUAUCUAUGAAGUAAAUGAUAUCUUUGAAAGACCAAGAUACCCUGUGAAGAAAUACCCAGUGCAUGAAGACAGAUAUUUUUAAGCAGUUGCUUAUGU